CUCUUUUACGCUUCGCUGGCAACGCGUCUCCAUGGCAGCAGCAAGUGCAAUGCAACUGAUUUCUACACGCUGAAGGGAAAACAAGAGAAAGAGGUAUGAAGGUGCGACUACACUUUGUGGUGGACCCCAUGGGCUGGUUCUGUAUCAGCAUGGUGGUCUUCGUCUGGCUUUACAACACCUACUUCAUCCCAAAACUCGUGCUGCUCCCUCACUACAACGAGGGCCACAUCUCAGGAGUCCCUGUUCUCUGUUACUUCUUAGCGUCACUCUUCUGUGUGUCAGCACUGAUAAGGGCUUCCACAGCAGACCCUGGCCGACUCCCUCAGGACCCAGAAAUCCCCCACUCAGAGCGCGACCGAUGGGAGAUGUGCAAUAAAUGUAACAUGCUGAGGCCAAAGAGGUCCCACCACUGCAGUCGCUGCGGUCACUGUGUCCGGAGAAUGGACCAUCACUGUCCCUGGAUCAAUAACUGUGUUGGGGAGGACAAUCACUGGCUUUUUCUGCAGCUCUGUUUCUACACUCAGGUUCUCAGUCUUUAUACACUGGCCCUGGACUUCUGCCAGUACUACUACUUCCAGCCCCUCACCGCUGUGAACAAGGAGGACUUUGCUGUGCGUCAUGAGUUAGCUCUCUUGCGUGGGUCCUCUUUCAUGGGUGUGGUCAUGUUUGGGGGAAUAACCACUCUCUUCUACACCCAGAUCACAGGCAUCCUUUCUGACACGACCACUAUUGAAAAAAUGUCCCACUUCAUGCAGGAGACGGGGUCGCAGAGGCCGUGGCAGCAGACGUUGGCGGAGGUGUUUGGAACUCACUGGAAGAUUCUGUGGUUCCUGCCGUUCCGAAACCGCCAUCCUCUACGGCGGAGCUUUGGCUCCAGAUCCCACGUGUAG